AGAGCCAAAUCGAGCCGCCACUGCAGCUUGAUCACUGGCGCUCUUGGCCGCCAUGUUUUCAGACUUAUCGGUUGCGCUCAUGGCGCGAUGUUUGUAAACACACGGUGAAGGGAAAUGUUGCGCCACUGAAUUUCAUAAAAUGAAUUCCAGUGUAGUCGUGCUCGCGUUAUUCUCCCGUUUCGUGAUAUUUCUGCUUCAGGUGGCCUUCAACUGGGCAGUGCCUGACCACAACGCGGACGCCUUUCGUUCACCCUGGCCCGCGAGCAGGGACCUGGGAGAUCGCCUCGUCUCGUGGCUCUUCGGUGGCCUGACGCGCUGGGACAGCCAGUACUUCUUGCACAUCGCCGAGCACGGCUACACGUACGAGCAGACGCUGGCCUUCUUCCCGCUGUACCCGUGGCUCGUCCGUCAGACCGCUGACGGCCUCGUCGACCCGCUCACCAGUGUCUACCUGUCGCGCCACAGCGUGCUCGUUCUCAGCGGUGUUCUCGUCAACGUGUCCUUCUUCGUCGUCGCCGCCGUGGCAUUGCACCGUCUGACGCACCAGCUCUUCUCCAAGGAGCACGCUGACGAGGCGGUCCUCUUGUUCUGCUUCAACCCGGCCUCCAUCUUCUUCAGCGCCUGCUACAGUGAAUCCGUGUUCGCAGCUGUCAGCUUCUUGGGUCUACUGUUGCUCGAGCAAAACAGGCCAAAUCUGGCGACGCUGUUCUUCUGCCUGGGCGGCCUGGUUCGGUCCAACGGGUUUAUGUCGGCUGGAUUCCUGCUCUAUUCCGGCUUGGUCUGUGGGCUGACACCCGUCAGGUCGGUCUUCCGGGCAGCGUUCUGCUUCCUGCCGUUUCUCCUGUUCCAGUGUUACGCGUGGUCGCUGUUCUGCAUACCUGACUACUCCCAGAGAUUCUCUGCUGCAAUCCUAAAUCAAGCAGCUGAGUCAGGGUUUAGGCUGGCUGGCCGCAAUGCUUCCAAGUGGUGUUCGAAUCUAAUUCCUUUCUCCUACGGAUACGUGCAGUCGCACUACUGGGAUGUUGGUUUUCUUAUGUACUAUCGCCUGAAGCAACUGCCCAAUUUCGUUCUCGCUUUGCCGGUUGUCAUAGUCAUCCUGCACUCCUCGGCCUCUGCCAUAAAGCGCUGCAGUGACAAGCGACACAUUCCAUAUGUUUUGCAUGCUGUUGGUUUUCUUGCUAUCACAGUUCUCUUUGCAAACGUUCAAGUGGUGACGCGGCUGAUUGCUGCCUCAAGCCCAGUGUUGUAUUGGACAGCAUUUUUUGGACCUAGUCGAGUUGAAAGAAAGUUCCGCUCUGUUGUCUGGGCAGAUGUGGCAGUCAAUUUGUGGCAAAGUGAUACCUAUUCAAAGCACAUUGUCACAUACUUUAUGGGUUAUGCAGUUUUGGGGACGGCUUUGCAUGUAAAUUUUUUACCGUGGACAUGAAGAAUUAAGUUGCAUGUCUCAUCAAAGAGUUGUGAUAAGUUUUACCUCAUGAUAUGUUUAUACCUCAAAUGCCAGGGAUGAAACCCCCUUAUUUUACGUCCUUACUAUGUUGCAAAGUCCUGUGUGAUUUUCUAUAAUCGAGAGCUGACUCCACCUAUAACAAGCAACGCAAAUCUAACAUUUCUAUGAGGUUAAGGUUUCAGGGUGAGUUCCACAGGAAUAUGUAAGGUGUAGGAAAUUGUAUGAAUGGGUAGAUUUCCCAUUUAAUUACAGGUUAUGAUAUAGCCUCAUUAAUACUUGUACUGCUAUAAUAUUCUUGUCAAGGAAUUCUGUUCCAAGAUUACCUGAGUAUGUGUAUAGAUAGCCUUUUCUGGUGUCAACAUUUGCGCCAAUUUUUAUAUUAGCUUUUAGUGCACUAAGGAUGCAGGAACAGUUUAGACAGACUUAAACGAAGUGCUCACUUCCAAUAAUAAUUUAUUUUCACAAGCAUCUCACACACACGCACACAUUAGGAGACAAAGAACAGCUUGUGCAAGCGCAUUGUACAAUUUCAUAAAUUGUGAUAUAAAAGCAACAAAUAAUAAUAAAGCGAAAUUAAGAAAGUGCGAAGUUACAAGUUUAUGAGAUUAGUCUGUACUGCCAUCCCCACAGAGCUACUCUUUGAGUAUGGUUAAGAUAAUCCGACUCUUUUUUAGAAAGGUCACAAUAGAUGCCGCACUAAUGCACGUGGCUCCCAAACUAGCGACCUUCGUCACUUCUAUGAUCUUGUGUGUCGUUUGCAUGGCACUUCCUCCUGUUAUGCAGCACUGUGCAUACCAGAGCUCACACUCAGUUUCUGCAUUAGAUGGCCCACACCGUGAUUUUGCACGUUGCUCUCAUGCUCCCCCAACCUGUUAUUCGUGCUUUGUCCCGUUUGGCCUGAUAUACUUUCUUUCACAUUACAAUGGCAGCUCAUAAACAAUGUGGGUGUCACAUUUAACAAAGCCUUUUUUGUGGUUUGUCAGGCAACCUAGUUUCCUAGCACUGUGUCUUUUGUGUGCUAAAAGCUAAAAUGGAAUACCAACAUGCCCAAACUUGCAUUCUUCCAAAUUUGUGCGAAGUUAGCAUGUUAAUUGCUAGUACUGCACUUGACAAGUUGUAGUGAAGCGAUUGUCUUGACCUCAGAAGCUUGUAUGUUGCUUAGUCCAGUAACAAAAGUUUGACAUCUUUAGCCUGUGCCCAUGUUGAUAGAAUCUACUAGAUGUGUCUGUCUAUUGUUAUCAUUGAUCUGCACAAAAGCUUGGGACAUCUCCUUGUCUGCGUGCUUCUGUAUAAUAUUGUGGCAUUUUAUGCAGCCAGUAGAAUGUGCACUGCUUUAGAACGAAAGCAUACAUCUGUGUCUCGUAUCUAAAAUACUUGGCCAUAAAAAGAGAGUUUUUGCUUUGCACAUAUUGCUACAAUUUCUGCGAACUGUUUUUAAAUUAAGCAUAUUUUGCUCAGUAAGUACCACAGCUUGUGUUUUGUGUCUGUGCAAAGAAAUGAGAUUGUGUUCUCAGAUGAAGAUUUCUCAUAAACACGCCGACUGUGGUCAACAUUCCAUGUUUUAUGUGCCAAAAGAUUCAAUGGAGUCAAAGAACACUCUAGUCAUUGGUUCCACGAGCCUAGAGAAACUAGUGAUGGUGAUUGUCUUCGUAUCUACUUGUCAAUAAAUAAUUUCGUACUAGA